GCGGGGGGAGGAGGCGGCGGGGGCGGGGAGGUUUCAGUCACGGACGGGGCUGCCGCUGCCGCCGCCGCGCCGGCUGUGGGGCGAAGCGGAGAGAGAGGCUGCGGCCGCCGCCUGCCACGAGCCGCGGGCGGCAGCGCGGAUCCACCCCCCGCCCGCUCCCACCUGCGCCGCCCAGGGGCACCCGCCGGGCGCCGCCUCGACCCCGGCCGCGGACCUCCGGCCCCCGCUUCUCCCCUUCCCCUGUUUCCCCCCCGCCCCGGCCGGCCCCGGCAUGAGCAUCUCCAUCCCGGCGGGGCUGACGGAGCUGCUGCAGGGCUUCACGGUGGAGGUGCUGCGGAGCCAGCCCGCGGACCUGCUGGAGUUCGCCCUCCAGUACUUCGGGCGCCUCAAGGAGGAGGCGGCGGCGGCCAGGGCGGCGGCGAAGGAGAAGGAGGCGAGCGGCCGCCGGGCGGGCACCCCAGCGCCCGGCCAUGACCGGGGCCAAGCGCCGCGCCGGGCUCCCCCCGACGCCCGCGGGGUCAACUUCGCCGAGGAGCCCAUGCAGACCGACUCGGAGAGCGGCGAGGACGAGGAGCAGCGGUUCCCGGCUCCAGUGAUAAAUCGAUUCACAAGGCGGGCGUCAGUGUGUGCAGAAGCUUACAAUCCCGAUGAAGAAGAGGACGAUGCAGAAACCAGGAUUAUUCACCCUAAAACAGAUGAUCAAAGAAACAGGCUGCAGGAGGCUUGCAAGGACAUUCUUCUUUUUAAGAACCUAGAUCCGGAACAGAUGUCUCAGGUGUUGGACGCGAUGUUUGAAAAGCUGGUUGAAGGAGGGGAACAUGUCAUUGAUCAAGGAGAUGAUGGUGACAACUUCUAUGUCAUUGAUAGAGGGACAUACGAUAUUUAUGUAAAAUGUGAUGGUGUUGGGAGGUGUGUUGGCACCUAUGACAACCGAGGAAGUUUUGGUGAGCUGGCCUUAAUGUACAACACACCCAGAGCAGCUACAAUUAUAGCUACCUCUCCUGGUGCCAUCUGGGGUUUGGACAGGGUAACAUUCCGAAGAAUCAUUGUAAAAAACAAUGCCAAAAAGAGAAGAAUGUAUGAAAAUUUUAUUGAGUCGUUGCCAUUCCUUAAAUCUUUAGAAGUAUCUGAGCGUUUGAAAGUGGUUGAUGUGAUUGGCACCAAAGUAUACAAGGAUGGUGAACAAAUCAUUGCUCAGGGUGACAUGGCUGAUUCUUUCUUCAUUGUGGAGUCUGGGGAAGUAAGGAUUAUAAUGACAAGGAAGGGUAAACCAGAUGUAGAGGUAGAAGAGAAUGGAGCAGUUGAAAUAGCUCGAUGCUCAAGAGGACAGUAUUUUGGAGAACUUGCUCUUGUAACUAACAAACCACGAGCUGCUUCUGCGUUUGCUCUUGGCACUGUCAAGUGUUUAGUUAUGGACGUGCAGGCAUUUGAAAGGCUUUUGGGACCUUGUAUGGAAAUUCUGAAAAGAAACAUUGCAAACUAUGAAGAGCAGCUAGUUGCUCUGUUUGGAACAAACAUGGACAUUGCUGACACCAGUGCAUGAACUAAACCUUGGAGCAACAGGAUCAGUUAUGAGAACAUAGCACAGUAGUGGUUAGUCCACUGAGAAAUUGUCUCUCUUCCUAUAGAUGCCAAGCAUUUUCUGUGAUUUUAGGAGCGCAUUUUGGGGUGGUUCUUUAGUUUUUGGGGUUUUCUUUUUUUUUGGACUUAUUACAGUGGAAGUACUAGUAAACAAAAUAGAAAUUCAAUGACUUGGGGACUUGGUUUUUUAAAGUGCUUAGCUGUAAUGGUUCCACCUGAAAUUAAGAAGACCUGUGGGACCACAGCACCUUUGAAAAUCAAGUCCUUUAAUACAACAUUUCUUCAAAGAGUAGAUUUCAAAAAACCCACAUGCGAUGAACUUGUUAAACCAUCUUCUGUCCUUCCAAAUGAUUGCAGUUUUUCUGGGAAGACUGUUAGUUUGAAUGUGAUAUGUUGAAAGUAUUAGUGCACACAAAGUGUUUAUAUGUAUUAAUACAGAAGAUAUACAGUAGAUAUUACUUUCUGACUAUUACGAUUGUCAUGAUUUUAUGUUGCAUUUAUCACAAGUGUAGUGAAUCACAAGACUAAUCGUAAGAUAAAGCAUGACAAUGCAUUUUGUGUAACGCUCAUGAACCAAAUCUGAUUUUUAACGUUUUGUAAUUUGUCUGGAAGUCCUCUUCGUUUAAUACGUCAUGUUUCAGCACGACAUUGUAAUAUCUUAUGCAAUUUAGAGGACUUGUAUAUUUUUGCAAUAAACUGCAUUUUUUAUUAGUUAUGUGUAUUCUGUAUAGUCUAGAGUGAGAACAGCGGACAAAUUAACCUCCAUGCUUUAGAAGCAAAGGCAUAGGUUGUUGUCAUGUUCUGCCUAAUCAUACAUAACCUAUGUCGUUUUACUUCUCCCUGUUUUAUAUUUAUGCAUUUUGUCUUCUCUAUGCUUGUUCUCUAGUUAGUUUUUUUUAGAUCUCACCUUUUUUAAUCUGUUAAAUCUUUGACCUAUUUCAAUUCAAAGGAUCUCUGUAUAUCUCUCUUCUUGCAGUCUAAUCUUAGCUAUCAAAGACCAGGUCCAGUUAACAAAGUUACUGAUAUUGAGAGCCAUGCUAAACUAAGCUUGUUUUUGAAAAAAUCCUUAUCAGCAAGUGCAAAAGUAUAUUGACUUUUAAAGAUCAGUAGUUAAAAGCUUUCUACAAUUCUGGAAAUAAUGCUGCUGUUAAAGCUAACAUGUCCUGCUUUCAAAAAAUGUAGGUCGUCGUAAAAUACCUUUUUAGCUCUAAUAGCAUGGGAUACCUUCUGAGACUGAGGAGAGAGACUAUCAUCUUAAUUAGGAGCACAGGACUCAUUGCUUACGAAGGUCUGUGCCUGGAAAUUUCAGGCAUGGCCCGAUCUGAAUACUGCUUACCGACCUAGCUGUUGAUGUACAGAGCAAGCUAGCGCACAUAAUGGCAACAGGCAGUGGUUCUGCCAAAACAGUACUACAAGAAUUGUAGGAAGGCUGCUUGUGCCCUGUUUUGAAUACCUGAAUGAUAACAUCUUUCCUCUUUAGAUAAUGACUUUUCUAAUGCCAUGUAUUUACGGAUGUUGAUGUAAUUAUUAUCCUGUAGUUAGUGAUACUUUCUGACAAUUUAUAUAAUCAUACCUGCAUAUGAAAUUAUGAUUAUAUAAUACAAUUAUAAUAUAUAAUUUAUGCCAUAUAGUAUGGUAUAAAUUAUAAGUCAAAUUCUUAACAAACCCAAUCUGAGCAAAAUUUACAAGUGUCAUUUUUUUUAAUCUAGAAACCUGCUAUGAAUAAUUGCACAUAUGAGAACUUGCCUUUAUACUUUUGACUUAUGGAAAAAAGAGAAGCUUGUUAUACUAGAAGGAGAUAUCAGGUAAAUAAAAUCUACACUCCUGUCAUUCUGUAUGCUUAAUCUCUGAAAGCUACCUAAAUUUUGCACUAGCUUAAUGUGAUUAAGAGAAAUGCUAGAAAUUACUUGUAUGGCAGUAAACUAGGAUCAAGGCUGUAAAUGCCAGUCACGAUAUUUUCAAUAUUGUUGGUUAUAUUUAAAGUUUCCUUACAAUAAACAACACUUUUAUAUAUAUAAAUACAUGUUUAUUGAUAUUGUUGUGUUUUAAUUCCAUUAUUAUAAAGUUGCA